GUUUGGGGAAAAGAGAGAUGCGAGUAGGAUGAUAAGGAAUUGGAUUCCAGGUAGUCGGGCAUUACUAGCGAGAGGGGUACUGUCCCAGCUUCUUCCCACCCGCCCUCGUUCAUUUUCUUAUCGUCCUUGUCGUCAUCAUCCUCCGCCCCUCUGUAACAAUACGAUUAAACUCUCCUCCUCAUCAUCUGCAAUGGACGAUAAGCAUCAACCGCAGCUGCAGCACACGGUGGGGAAUUGGUACUCGGUGCCGGAUCUGAAACUUCGCGAUCAUCGUUUCACCGUCCCUCUCGACUACUCUGCCCGCGACUCUUUUCCUCAUACCAUCAACAUCUUUGCGCGCGAGGUCGUUGCUGCUGGGAAGGAAGAACAACCGCUGCCAUAUCUCCUAUUCCUACAAGGAGGACCAGGUUUUGAGAGCCCACGACCAACUGAGGCUAGCGGAUGGCUAAAGCGAGCAUGCGAAGAAUAUCGUGUUGUUUUGCUGGAUCAGAGGGGAACAGGCUUGUCAACUCCUUUGACAGUAUCCUCCCUCUCUCAAAUGACGGCUCCAGAGCAGCUUGCUGACUACUUGAAACAUUUUCGAGCAGAUAAUAUUGUGAAUGAUGCCGAAUUUAUUCGCGUACGUCUUCUGCCAGAUGGUGGACCUUGGACAGUUUUAGGGCAGAGCUAUGGCGGUUUUUGUGCAGUUACCUAUUUGAGUUUUGCUCCGCAAGGUCUUAAGUGUGCCCUAAUCACUGGUGGGCUUCCGCCAAUUGGGAAGGGUUGUACUGCAGAUGCUGUUUACAGGGCAGGUUUUGAACAAGUUCUGCGUCAAAAUGAAAAAUUCUACAAAAGAUUUCCCCCAGAUAUUGAAAUUGUUCGUGAGGUUGUAAAUCACUUGACAGAAUAUGAAGGAGGCGGGGUGCUUCUUCCAUCUGGGGGCAUGUUAACACCAAGGGGAUUGCAAACUCUUGGCCUUUCAGGUUUAGGAUCCAGUACUGGCUUUGAACGCUUGCACUACAUGUUUGAGAGGGUCUGGGAUCCUAUACUAGUUCCAGGAGGACGAAAGCGUAUCAGCUAUUUCUUCUUGAAGGCUUUCGAGAAUUGGAUGGCAUUUGAUACAAAUCCACUUUAUGCUCUUUUGCAUGAGUCUAUAUACUGUCAGAAGGGAGCUUCAUCGCAGUGGUCUGCUCACAGAGUAAGGGACGAAUUUGAGGACAUGUUUGAUCCAAUCAAGGCUGCAAAAGAAAAUCGUUCCGUAUUAUUCACUGGAGAGAUGAUUUUCCCAUGGAUGUUUGAUGAAAUUCAUGCCUUGAGACAUUUCAAGGAGGCAGCUCAUUUGCUGGCCACGAAGGAGAAUUGGCCUCCAUUAUAUGAUGUCGCUUCUUUGAAUAAUAACCAGGUGCCAGUUGCUGCUGCCGUAUAUUAUGAAGACAUGUAUGUAAACUUCAAACUAGCGAUGGAGACAUCUGCUGAGAUUGCAGGGCUCAGGCUAUGGGUAACGAAUGAGUUCAUGCAUUCUGGGUUGCGUGACGGAGGAGGUCAAGUUUUGGAUCAGCUGCUGGGUAUGCUCAAAGGAAGGAAGCCAUUGUUUUAAUGGUGUGCUGGUGUAGUCAUUUUCUCUAUCUGAUCGUCUCCUGACAUUGUCAAUCUCUUCCCUGUUACAGUUAUAAUUCACAUUUCAUUGGGGAACUAGUUCAAGAUAAUCUUUUAGAGUCUGA